AUGGAAAAAUUCAGAGCUGGGAAGAAGGUCAUCAACAAAGAUGACAAUAAUGUUGAAGACAGUAUCAACGUGCAAGAGGAAUACCGCAUGGCUCUGAGGACAAAAUCGUACGCUGAUUUCUUUACCAAAGCUCAAAACUUACUCACUAACAAACCUUCAUUUUAUGACAAUCACAUCAAAUUAUCCGAAAUCCUCCUCGAACCAGGCCAAGAAACCAUACCUUCAAUUCUUAAUGAUUCAUCAAUCCUUUCGCAAAAGCCAGAACUCAAACACCUAAUGCUCUCUUACUUCGACAUUACUGCUUCAGCUUCACACUUUUGCAUUCAUCUCCUGGAAAGCAUCAACCUAGUCCACUCCAAUUACCUCUUCAUACGAAGAGCACUAGACAUCAUAGAGCAACAUGAACACAAACACAAAAACCAUCAAGAAGAAGAUUCAAACAACUUCGAACUAGUUGCUUUCGAGCUUGAAUCAUUUAUCCUUUCCACAAACCCAUUUUCGAACCCAGACAACUUCAACUUUCAAACCAUCAAUGACAACAACUCGUCGGUGUUUCAACGUCUAAAGGCCAUGAGGAAAAAUGUGGUGAGGAAGAUCAAGUGCAUAAAGUACACGAAGAAAGCAAGCACUGUUUGUGCAGCACUAGCUUGUGGAGUAAUAGCAAUCGCUGCUGCAAUUAUAGCAACACAUACUCUCACAGCAAUCAUAAUGGGACCAGCAAUAUUAAGCUUUCCAAUGAAGAGUUUCAAGAGGAAGGUAACUCAAAGGGUUAGGGUUUUGAGAAGUAGUACUGGGUUUCUUGGUAAGGUUCGUGAUCAACUUGAUGUAGCAGCAAAGGGAACAUACAUAUUGAGUAGAGACUUUGAUACCACGAGUCGUCUCGUGGCUCGGCUUCACAGUGAGAUUGAGCGAAACAAGGAGAUGGUUAGGUUUUGGAUGGGAAGGAAGGAGGAGGAGAAGUUGGGUUUGGAGAUUGUGAAGGAGAUGAGGAAGAGUGAGGUUGGAUUUAGGAAACAAGUAGAGGAACUUGAAGAGCAUGUGUACUUAUGCCUUGUUACUAUCAAUCGUGCAAGAUCUUUGGUUGUUAAGGAAAUGUUGAGUAGGAUAACCUAG